GGGUCCUGCGGCACCGCCCGGGAAGCUGCUCUAGGCUUGCCGGCCGCCACCACAUCCUCCUCCUCCUCCUGGUCCAGCGAGUGUAGCCCGGCCAGGGCCAAACGGCGGCUCCGACGGCGUGGGCGAACGGGUCGCCGAGUCAUGGCGCAUCAGACGGGAAUCCACGCCACGGAGGAGCUGAAGGAAUUCUUUGCCAAGGCACGGGCUGGCUCUGUGCGGCUCAUCAAAGUCGUCAUUGAGGAUGAGCAGCUCGUGCUGGGAGCCUCACAGGCGCCCGUGGGCCGCUGGGACCAGGACUACGACAGGGCUGUGCUGCCGCUGCUGGACGCCCAACAGCCCUGUUACAUGCUCUUCCGCCUCGACUCACAGAACGCUCAGGGUUUCGAGUGGCUCUUCCUCGCCUGGUCGCCUGAUAAUUCCCCUGUGCGGCUGAAGAUGCUCUAUGCUGCCACACGGGCCACAGUGAAGAAGGAAUUUGGAGGCGGCCACAUUAAGGAUGAGCUCUUUGGCACGGUGAAGGAUGACCUCUCCUUUGCUGGGUACCAGAAGCACCUGUCAUCCUGUGCUGCUCCUGCCCCUCUGACUUCGGCUGAGAGAGAGCUCCAGCAGAUCCGUAUCAAUGAGGUGAAGACAGAGAUCAGCGUGGAAAGCAAGCACCAGACACUGCAGGGCCUUGCCUUCCCCCUGCAGCCUGAGGCCCAGCGGGCACUUCAGCAGCUCAAGCUGAAGACCAUCAACUACAUCCAGCUGAAGCUGGACCUGGAGCGGGAGACCAUAGAGCUGGUGCAUACAGAGCCCACAGACAUGGGCCAGCUGCCCUCCCGGGUACCCCGGGAUGCUGCCCGCUAUCACUUCUUCCUCUACAAGCACACCCAUGAGGGUGACUCUCUUGAGUCUGUAGUGUUCAUCUACUCCAUGCCGGGCUACAAGUGCAGCAUCAAGGAGCGCAUGCUCUACUCUAGCUGCAAGAGCCGCCUUCUUGACUCCGUAGAGCAGGACUUCCAGCUGGAGAUCUCCAAGAAGGGCUCCUGCCGAAGGGCCCCGUACUCCCUGUCCCUCUUGGUGCAGGCUGUGGUCCUGGCCGAGGCCCUGGCCCUGGGCACGCUGCCUGAUUUCCUGCCCUGUGAGCUCCAGCCCCAUGGUGUGGUGAACUGCAACUGGCUCUUCCUGAAGUCCGUGCCCCGCUUCUCUGCAGCAGCCCCGCGUGGCAACGUCACCAGCCUUUUCCUGCUCUCCAACCGCAUCCACCACCUCCAUAACUCUGACUUCCUCCACCUGCCCAACCUUCGGCGUCUCAACCUUAAGUGGAAUUGCCCACCAACUGGCCUCAGCCCCAUGCACUUCCCCUGCCACAUGACCAUCGAGCCCAAGACCUUCCUAGCCAUGCCUGCCCUAGAGGAUCUGAACCUGAGCUACAAUGGCAUCACCACUGUGCCUGCCCUCCCCAGCUCCCUUGUGAACCUGACCCUGAGCCACACCAACAUCUUGGUGCUGGACUCCACCAGCCUCACUGGCCUGCAUGCCCUGCGUACCCUCUUCAUGGACGGCAAUUGCUACUAUAAGAACCCAUGCAGUUGGGCUGUGGAGGUGGUCCCUGGGGCCCUCCUGGGGCUGAGCAAUCUCACCCACCUGUCACUCAAAUACAACAAUCUCACGACACUGCCCCGAGACCUACCGCCCAGUCUGGAGUAUCUGCUGCUGUCCUAUAACCACAUUUUUAAGCUGGAUCCGGGAGACCUGGCCAACUUAACUGCCCUUCGAGUGCUCGAUGUGGGUGGAAACUGUCGCCGCUGUGACCAUGCCCGCAACCCCUGUGUGGAGUGCCUUACCAAAACCCUCCAGCUGCACCCUGACACCUUCAGGCAGCUCAGCCACCUCGAAGGCCUGGUGUUGAAGGAUAAUUCCCUCCCCACUCUGGAAGCCAGAUGGUUCCAAGGUCUGGAGAAUCUCACAGUGCUAGACCUGAGCGAGAAUUUCCUCUACGACUGCAUCACGAAAACCCAGGCCUUCCAGGGUCUGGCACAGCUGCGCAAACUCAACCUGUCCUUCAAUUACCGCAAAGGAGUGUCCUUUGCCCACCUACAUUUGGCAGCCUCCUUUGGGAAGCUGACCUCCCUACAGGAGCUAAACAUGAAUGGCAUCUUCUUCCGGUCCCUCAGUGAGAGCACUCUGAAGCCGCUGACCCACCUGCCUCUGCUCAAGACUUUGAAUCUGCAGAUGAAUUUCAUCAACCAGGCCCAGAUCAGCAUCUUUGGGGCUUUCCCUAGCCUUAGCUUUGUGGACCUGUCAGGUAAUCGUAUCAGUGGGGCUUCGGCCCUGGCGAAGGCUCUUGGGGAAGCGGAUAAUGAGAACCGGGUCUGGCUGGGGCCUGAGAACCUUGCUCCAGCCCCACUGGACACCCCCAAGUCGGAAAUCUUCAUGCCAAGCUGCAAGCGCUUCCCAUUCACCUUGGACCUGUCUGGGAACAACCUGGUGACAGUGCAAUCUGAGAUGUUUACCAACCUCUCCCGCCUCCAGUGUCUGAUCCUGAGCCACAACUGCAUUGCGCAAGCUGUCAAUGGCUCACAGUUCCAGCCACUGACCAGUCUGAAGAUCUUGGAUCUGUCCCAUAACAAACUGGACCUGUAUCACGGGCACUCAUUCACGGAGCUGCCGCAGUUAAUAGCCCUGGACCUCAGUUACAACAGCCAGCCCUUUGGCAUGCAGGGCAUAGGCCACAACCUCAGCUUUGUGUCCCGGCUGCAUAAACUGCAGUACCUCAGCCUGGCUCACAAUGGUAUCAACAGCCGUGUGAACCCGAAGCUCUGCAGCAGCUCCCUGAGGAAGCUGGACUUUAGUGGCAAUACUGUGAGCAGCAUGUGGGCAGAGGGAGACCUUUACCUCCACUUCUUCCAAGGCCUAAAAAGCCUGCGCUGGCUGGACCUGUCCCAGAACAGCCUGCACACUCUUCUGCCCCGCAACCUGGACAACCUCCCCAAAAACCUGACACUUCUGCGUCUCCGUGACAAUUACCUGGCCUUCUUUAACUGGAGCAGCCUGGUCCUCCUACCCAACCUGCAGAUCCUGGACUUGGCAGGAAACCAGCUGAAGGCCCUGACCAAUGGCACCUUGCCCAAUGGGACACAGCUGCGCAGUCUGGAUGUCAGCAGCAACAGCAUCACCUUUGUGGCCCCAGGCUUCUUUGCACUGGCUGCUGAGCUGCAGGUGCUCAACCUCAGUGACAACAUUCUCAAGACAAUUGAAUCUUCCUGGUUUGGGAUGCUGGCAGGCAACCUGAAAGUCCUAGAUGUGAGCGCCAACCCCCUCCACUGCACCUGUGGGGCGGCUUUCGUGGACUUCCUGCUGGAGGUGCAGCACGCUGUGCCUGGCCUCCCCAACCAGGUGAAAUGCGGCAGCCCCAAACAGCUCCAGGGCCGCAGCAUCUUCACACAGGACCUGCGCCUCUGUCUGGAUGAGGCUCUGUCCUGGGAUUGCUUUGGCCUCUCGAUCCUGGUGGUGACUCUCGGUGUGGUGGUGCCGGUGCUACAGCACCUCCUUGGCUGGGACCUCUGGUACUGCUUUCACCUGGGUCUUACCUGGUUGCCCCGGCGGGGCCCCCGCGGUGCCCAACCCCUGCCCUAUGAUGCCUUCGUGGUCUUCGACAAGGCACAGGGUGCAGUGGCUGACUGGGUGUACCAUGAGCUGCGGGUGCAGUUGGAGGAGCGCCGUGGGCGCCGGGCGCUGCGCCUGUGCCUGGAGGAGCGGGACUGGGUGCCUGGCAAGACGCUCUUUGAGAACCUUUGGGCCUCUAUCUAUGGCAGCCGCAAGACGCUCUUUGUGCUGGCCCACACUGAUCGGGUCAGCGGCCUCCUGCGCACCAGCUUUCUGCUGGCCCAGCAGCGCCUGCUGGAGGACCGCAAGGACAUCGUGGUCCUGGUAAUCCUCAGCCCUGAUGCCCACCGCUCCCGCUAUGUUCGGCUGCGCCAGCGCCUCUGCCACCAGAGCGUCCUCUUCUGGCCUCAGCAGCCCAGGGGUCAGGGAAGUUUCUGGGCCCAGCUGGGCACAGCCCUGACCAGGGACAACCGCCACUUCUAUAACCGGAACUUCUGCAGGGGGCCUGCAGCUGAGUAGCCCACUGACAUCAGGUUUGGCUCCUCUCCAUCUUGCCUCACUGCCCGCCGCAGAUGUGUACCCUGC